GGGAAGCUUGGAGAUCACGUCUCGUAUUUUAUAAUUUCUUAAAUUUCUAUCUUAGUUGGUAGGUAAUUCUGCAAUGUCGACGACGGCCCAAGAUAACGCCAAUGCCGGCGAGGAGGAGGACCAGCCUAACCUCCGAGACUACGACCUCAGCCGACCCCUCGACACCCGUCGGGGGAUGCGCACAGGUCUCACGUCCUACGGCGACGCGCACUUCUCCCUCUUCCUGCGCAAGGUGUUCAUCAAGGCCCUCGGGUACUCCGAGGACGCGCUCUCGCGGCCCAUCAUCGGCAUCGCGAAUACGUACUCGGCGCUUAACCCGUGCCAUGCCAAUGCGCCGCAGCUUAUUGAUGCGGUGAAGAGGGGGGUGCAGUUGAAUGGUGGGCUGGCGGUUGAAUUUCCGACGAUUAGUCUGCAUGAGAGCUUUGCGGCGCCGACGAGUAUGUUCUUGAGGAAUUUGAUGAGUAUGGAUACUGAGGAGAUGAUUAUGGCGCAGCCGGUUGAUGCGGUGGUGCUUGUUGGUGGGUGUGAUAAGACGACACCGGCGCAACUUAUGGGUGGGAUUUCGGCGAAUAAACCGAUACUGCAUCUUGUUACGGGGCCGAUGAUGCCGGGGAGUCAUCGCGGUGUUAGGAUUGGGGCUUGUACUGAUUGUCGGAAUAAUUGGGCGAGUUAUCGGGCGGGUGUUAUUGAUAUCGAGGAGAUUGCGGCGUUGAAUGAGGAGUUGGCACCAACUGCCGGCACGUGUGGCGUUAUGGGCACUGCGAGUACAAUGGCGUGUAUACUAGUUGGACUUGGCCUCAUGCCAUUUAAAGGGGCAACUGCACCAGCCGUAUCAUCAGCACGGUUACGAAUCGCCGAAGAAACGGGCGCUAAUGCCGUGAAAAUCAUCGCAGCCGGAGAAAAACUCAAACCCCAAGCUCUCCUAUCGCGGGAGUCAUUUCUCAACGCCAUAACCGUCCUCCAAGCCAUCGGCGGCUCCACAAACGCAGUGGUUCACAUAAUGGCCAUCAUAAACCGACACCCGAAGCUCGCCGGCACAAUAACCCUCGAUACCUUUGACGAGAUCGGACGUCACACCCCUUUGCUCGUUGACCUCAAACCCAGCGGUGCGAAUUACAUGUCCGACUUCCACAACUCAGGGGGCAUGGCCGCCCUCCUUCAAGAACUUAGACCUAUCCUCCACCUUGAUGCGCUGACAAUUACAGGCAAGACCCUCGGCGAGGCCCUAGAUAGCCAGCGCAUCAUCCCAGUCCCCCAACACCUCCGAUGCAUCCAACCCUUCGACGAGCCGCUUUACCCGCGCUCCUCGCUCGUUGUGCUGCGCGGAAACCUAGCACCUGGUGGCGCCGUAAUGAAAGCUAGCGCAUCGAAAGAUCGGAGAUUGCUGCGGCACUCCGGGCCCGCGGUCGUGUUCACCGGAUCGGCGGACCUAGCGCGACGGAUCGAUGACGAGGAGCUAGAAGUCACGGAAGAUAGCGUGCUCGUGCUGCAGAACAUUGGACCCGUGGGAAACCCUGGGAUGCCCGAAGCUGGGCUCGUACCGAUUCCGCGGAAGCUGGCUGCGAGGGGGGUUACCGAUAUGCUGCGGGUUUCAGACGGACGGAUGAGUGGGACGGCGGGGGGGACGAUUGUCUUGCAUGUUUCGCCUGAGGCGGCGGAUCCGGAGAGCGUGUUGGGGGUUGUGAGAGAUGGGGAUGUGGUUACGUGUGAUGUGGAGAAGAGGGUGUUGAGGGUGGAGAUUAGUGAUGAGGAGAUUGAGCGGAGGAGGGUGGAUAGGAGGAGGGAGGUCGUGGGGGAGGGCUCGGAACACCCGUGGAAAGCGAGGGAGCGGAUGAGGGGGUAUAGAGGGUUGUAUAUGAGGGAGGUGAAUCAGGCAGAUCAGGGGGCGGAUUUUGACUUUUUGAGGGCUGGGUUUGAGAGAUGA